AUGUUGGCCACCGUGUUCGGAGCCCGCCGCAGAGCCCGGAAGGCUCCGCCCAAGGGGAAGCUGCCGCCUGAGGUGCUGCGAAGCUCCGAGCCCGGGACGGAGUGCCGCCAGAAAUUUCGGAAGCGGAAGCGAACCGCUGAGUUUUCGGCGGCCCCGGCCGAAACCUCAACUUCGAGCCCUCCACCCCCUGCUGUCCCUCCUGAGUCGAAGGGGAGCAAGACCAGCGGCGCUGCGCGGCGGCGCCAGGCGAAGGCUAAGGCCAAGGCGGAGGCAGAAGCUCAGGUGCCUGUGCAAGCCGUCGAAGCCGAUGCUGGGGAGGCGCUCUCCCAGGCAGCAUUGAAUGCGGUACAGGUAAGUGGUCCCGGCUGUGAGUCAGAAGACUUCAAGCCCUGGCUGAGUUUUUCUGAGGUGCAGGCCGGUGGGCCGACAGGGAAGCUGCCGCAAGUUGUGACGUCCUACAUGGCUCAGUACCGGUCCUUUAGACAGCCGACGCCCAUCCAGGCCUACUGUUGGCCUGCUGCGUGUGCGGGCCGGAACAUCCUCGGCAUCUCCAAAACUGGCAGUGGGAAGACCCUGGCCUUCCUUUGCCCCGGCCUGGCCCGCGUCCUGUCCUUCCGGAGCUCGCCGACGCCAAGCUUCGGGCCCUAUGUGCUGGUGAUCGCGCCCACGAGAGAGCUGGCCGUCCAAAUUGCCAAAGAUGCAAAGGGACUUUGCCUGGCGCUUCGCAUCCGCCUGGCCUGCCUCUUCGGUGGCACCUCGAAAGGGGAGCAGGUGAAGUCGUUGGAUCAAGGCGUCGACCUCAUUGUGGCCACACCUGGGCGCCUGGAUGAUUUGGUGUCGCAGCCCGAUAGAUUCACUGGCCGCGAAAUCUU